AUGGCGCAGUCAACAGACGCCGCUGGAUAUGCUCACGAACCCAUCAAAGCUUCGAUCCUUCUUGACCUAGAACUGGGGGACAAUUUACGAGACACACUUAACUCAACGGUCCCUGAUACCAACAAGAGGACGGGUGUCUGGAUCAGAGGUCUUGAUACCCGAUUUCGGUCUGUUUGGCCUGGUGGAAGGGUUGUGGGAAUUGGUUCAACAGAUGUAGACGACCCGACGAGUCUACACUCGGAGCAGUCUUUGUUGUCGCUCAACCUCAUCUCCGCGGCACUUUUGAGCAGACCAGAUCUGUCGCAAGUCCUCAGAGCGGUCGUCUCGUCGGAUUCACAAUUGCUGGGAGACUUAGCUUCUCCAACAAUCUACAUCAUUGCACCGCAUACCGCGCAGACUAUUCCAUUGCUUCACGCUAACCUCGCUCGGACGUUGUCCGACUCAGCGACUGCGAUUGAGCUGCUCAAGGGUGUCCAACUGUUACAAUACUUUGACUUCGCCGGACUUGUCGAGGCCGUGGCCGAAAUCAGUGAAGCAUUGUACAGAAGGCCACAGAGACCGGAAAAGCCGGACCCAAAUGCUAUGAUGACCCCAUCGCAGAAUCAGGACAUCAUCCUGCUUCAGGGUCUAGGCCCGACAGUGACGGCCACAUAUCGUCGAAGUGGGCUUGUCCAUGCAAAUGCGCUAUUGGCAUCGCUGAUGCGGAGCAUUGUGCAAGUCUCAAGAAUGCCUGGAAACGCCUUGGUUUUGGUUGAAUUUCCCGUUGAGAUUGAGGGCAUUGUAGAUGUCGGCUCAAUUCAGGAUCCCACAAGGAAGUCUCUUCAUGGUAUUCCGCUGGACUCUGGCUUUUGCGGCCCAAGAGGAGAAAGUCUAAGCUUAAUGUGCGGUCACGAGACACUGGCGAGGACUAUGGAUUCCGGCUUCGACUGCACUGUCAUCGUGCAUGAUGGUUUGGGCAGGAUAAGAAAUCGAAGCGGGCAUUCCAAGCAGACUCACUAUGUCAUUGAGACCGUGAAAGACAGACUAGGUGGAUCGACUGGACUAUGGGCUACCUGGACUACCGACGGGCAGACGUAA